CUCCUCGUUUCUCUAAAGUGAUUCACAUUGCUGCCCAUUCACACGCACGUUGACGAGCAGCCCAGCCACAAAACCGACACACACACACACACACACACACACUUUCAACACAAAGCAAAAUGCCGAUUGCGUACUUGAGUCGGCGCGAGUCGUUCAGCGCGGCGCACAGACUCCACUCGCCAGAGCUGUCGGACGCGGACAACGUCGCGAUAUUCGGCAAGUGCAACAAUCCCAACGGACACGGCCACAACUACGAAGUCGAAGUCGUCAUCCGCGGCGAGAUCGAUCCAAGGACAGGAAUGGUCAUGAAUUUGACAGAUCUGAAGGAAAUUAUGCGACAAGCCAUCAUGGAGCCGCUCGACCACAAACACCUGGACAAGGAUGUUCCGUAUUUCGCAACCGUACCAAGCACAACCGAAAAUCUCGCCGUUUACAUUUGGCGCCAAUUGGUGCCAUUGCUACCAGCAGGGCGGCUGUACGAGGUCUGCAUUCACGAGACGGAUCGAAAUGUCAUCAUCUACCGAGGGGAUUGAUCUGAUGGCAUGUUGUCCGCGAGAGCACCCUGCGGCCUGUUGCUGCUGGCUAUUGGGAGCACGUGGUGGUGCUGGGGCGCAAGUUGAUCUCUGGAUUCAUUGCUUUUCUGUCGGCUGUGACAUGAUUUGUGAUACAAGAGCGUUUUUCUCUCCAUUUUCAAUAACAGCCAGAGUGCAUGUUGACCGAAGCAGCGAAA